AUGGCGGACUGCAUCUGUAAGGUUGUUGAUGCGGCGAUCUCGCCGCUGGUGAGCCUCGUCACGGAGCAUCUGGCGUAUCUUCUUAAAGCGGAGGACAAUUUGGACGAGCUCGAGAAAGUCGCCGCGGAGCUGGCCGCCAGGAGGAAGGAUGUAGACGAGAGGAUCCAGUCCGGCCGCAGAACAACCGGCGGCACUGCGACGAANGCCCUAGAGCUCUCUUAUAUUAGAAAAUUGUGGGUUCGUUCGCAUCGGGCCUGUAUCACGAGCUCUCCUAGUAGAGACCAGACCAACUUUAAUAGGUUAAUCCGGCACGACAAGUUGGAGAUUGACAACCCGCCGGCGGCGGGAAUAGAAUACCGGUAUCUUGAUCAGGCACUCCAAUUUAUCAACGAUGACGCGGUGAAGAUGGUCGGAAUCUGGGGCAUGGGCGGGGUGGGGAAGACCCACCUCCUCAAGUUCAUCAACAACUCGUUCGCUCGCCAAACUUCUUUCGACGUCGUGAUCUUCGUCACAGCGUCUAGAGAGUGCUCCGUAGCACGGAUUCAAAGCGAGAUUGUGAAUACGCUCGACUUGCCCGCGAUAAACAACGUGCAGGACCAGGCCAGAAUCAUCUCAGACUUUCUGCGCGAAAAGAAUUUUCUCCUGCUGCUGGACGAUCUGUGGGAACGACUCGACCUGGGAGCCGUCGGCGUCCCGAUGCCUUCGGCCGCGGGCGAGCAGCUUAAAAGAAAGGUGGUGUUGACAACGAGAUAUUUGAAAGUCUGCGGCCAGAUGGGUGUAAGCAGGAGGAACAGCAUCAAAGUGGAAUGUCUGGACGGCGACGACGCUUGGCUUCUCUUCCGAGAGACCGUCGGCGAAGACACGAUCGGCUCUAGUCUUGCCGUCGAAGCCCUCGCAAGAAAAGUAGCCAGAAAGCUGGGCGGCUUGCCCCUCGCUCUCAUCACCGUCGGAAGAGCCAUGUAUGAUAAGGAAGAUUCGAGGGAAUGGGGACAUGCCAUCGACCUGCUGCAGGACGCGCGCCACGACGAGGUCGAUCCGGAUGCAGAGGAAGAAAGCUUGUUCCAUACCUUGAAGUUUAGCUACGAUAGGCUACGGAAUGAUGCCUUGAGAGAUUGUUUGUUGUGCUGUUCCUUGUGGCCGGAGGAUUCCUGCAUCCCCAAAAAUGAUCUUAAAAAUUUCUCAAAUCUCUUGUUUCAGUGCUGUUCCUUGUGGCCUGAGGAUUUCUGCAUCCCCAAAAAUGAUCUUAUCCUCUGUUUGUUGGGGUUGGGCGUGAUCGACGGGUUCGACGACAUGCAGAGUGCGUAUAACAUAGGAUACGAUCUCAUAGCUAGCCUGCGAUCUGCAUGCCUGUUGAACGACGACGACCUCGGCUUCGGAGUGAGGGUUCACGAUGUUAUUCGCGACAUGGCACUGUGGAUAGCUUGCAACUGCGGGGAGAGGAAGAAGAAAUGGUUUGUGAAGGCAGGACUGGGGUUGACGGAGGCGCCGCCGCAAGGGACGGGAAUUGUAUGGGGCGAGACCGACUGCGUGUCGUUAAUGCAUAACAGGAUCAAAGCAUUUCACGGCUCUCCCGGCAGUUCCUCCCCCGCCGCACUUACAACCUUGAUGCUGCAAGGUAAUCGGCUACGCAAAAUUUCGCUCGCGGCUUCUCCCUCCCUCGCGGCACUCGCGUACCUAGAUUUGUCUCACAAUAAACUCAACGGUUUCCCGGAAAAUAUAUGUCGGCUGACCACCCUUCGAUACCUCAACUUGUCGUUCAAUCUAAUCCGCGAAUUGCCUGCGGAGCUUAAACUUCUGACUAGCCUCGAGUACUUGAUUCUGCGUGAAAGCAACGUCCGGAUAAUUCCUGCGGGUGUUAUACGCGAACUCGAGGCGCUUCAGAUGCUGGACUUGCGCGGAUUCCUGUCCGGCGCGGUGGAGUAUUUGCCGUGGCUAUUCGAAGAGUUGGAGGCGCUCAAUAACCUGAAGGCUCUAGAGAUCAGUGUGAAGGAUGUGAACCAGUUGAAUCGGCUCGAUGAGUUACGGAGGACGCGAAUUCGGUCCCUCAACAUAUUUCACUUCGAGCAAACGACUCUUCCCUUGUUGGCCACUCCUCUCGGCAGCUCUCGAAUACAGAACAGCUUGUUCGAUCUGGAGAUUGCCGGCAGCACCACUUUAGAGGAGAUAGUAUUCGACGACGCCCGUUCGUAUCGCAACCCGUGUUUUCACAAUCUGGAGAAGCUAUCAUUCGACGCGAUGCAUAGAUUGAACAUUGUGUUGGACCGAUUGGUAGCCAGGGAAGUUUUUCCGAGGCUCUGUACUUUGGAUUUCAGGUAUUGCAACAGCCUGAAGGAUGUUUCUUGGAUCUUGUAUCUCCCGUGCCUUCGCAUACUAGUUAUGCGCUCGUGCCGAAGCGUGACACAGCUCAUUUCUAGUACACAGAACGAUGACGGUAAAGGAGAAGUCGUGGCGGCGCCUACCUUCCCUUCCCUCAAAAGGAUAAGUUUGAUCAACCUGCCGGCGCUGCAAUGUGUGUGUGAUCCUGCAUACACCUUUCCAUGUUUGGAACAAUUUGUGGUUAUAAUGUGCGGGAGGCUUACGAAGCUGCCUUUCCGCGCCGAUACCAUCCCCAAAAACUUGAAGUUUAUUAGAGGUGACGAAACAUGGUGGGAAAGAAUAGAAUGGGAGGACGACGUCUGCAGAACUUCCCUUAAACUUUCGACGUCCACAUUUCUUCCCUUAGGUUCGUCUGAGAAAGGGAUAGCACGUUACGUGCUCAUUCAUUAG